AUGAUACCAACAGUCAAGACGGCCCCGCUGCGGCCCGCUCUCGAUAGAAUAUUUAUCCAGGUCCUUGAUGCUAUGUUCUCUUGGAAUAAUGAGAACCUUCGGCAUGACGAGCCCCACGAGAAUUGUCCGACCUUCUCCUCAGUUCAUCAUUCCACCUCGGACAUUAGGCCUCCUGUAACUACGGCGCCGAGUGUCGCAAACUCUACUUUCCCUACGAUGAAGACCUCCGUUUCCUUAGCUGAUGCUGCGCUUUGGGCUUGCUCCACGAAGCUCGGAUGCGUCGCUCAAACCAGCCCUCCGUUAAUCGAUUUAUUGACCCGUUGCCUCUUUGGAGCUUUCGGGAUGCCGUUCCAUUGGCAGCGAUCCUCGAUCCCGAACACGUCUUCUAGCCUUUCUCUUGGGGUGCUCGCUACGCAUAGUACGAGGCUUGAGCAUCAGUUACAUGCUCUGCGUUCUAUUCUGCUUUGGUAUCGUGAAGCUGAUCAUCCCCAACGUAUCAUCUAUGGUCUCGGGUGCCUCGCUUGUUACGCUUCCAAAUCUACAGUCGACUUCGUGGAUUUGCCUAUUACACAUGUACUGCUUUGCGGCAUCAAUCUGCCUGUGCCUAUAACUGUUCCGACCACCAGAUUUUUCAAUUACUCUGAGUCUCGCCUUGCCAAGACGCGCAGAGAACGUCUGUCCACCGAGUAUCAUGUGUUCUUAUCUUUACGAUUGUGUAUCGCACUAGAAGCUUCAUGCUCCCUUCCUUCAAAUGCCGGUGAUAUGGACGACUGUCGUGGCGAGGGACGUAUCAACCCCUUGACCUUACUCCGUGCUUCUCAAAUCACCUUGUCCCUUGAAAAUGAUCCUCUCUCUUUGCUGCGAGGGUCUCCAUAUAGCUCAAGAUGGUGUCCCUCGGCUGAUAAGUACCUGAGAUGUGAUAAGCGCCAAGUUCGAUCUUCCCGCUUUAUUUCGUUUAUAAAUGCCGGAUGGUCAUCAUUCGAAAUUCGCAUGUACAUACGAUCCUUACGGAAGACUGGAAAGGUCGAUUGA